AUGAACAGUCAUGUAAUGUUCCUGAAAAAGCUGAGAUCAAAAGUUAGGACCAACAAUCUAUAUAUUCGAUGUGGGAUGGCUGAGUUUUUGGGAACCCUCAUUUUAAUUCUUUUUGGAUGUGGUUCUGUAGCUCAAAUGGAACUGAGUGGUUAUGCCAAGGCGCAAUUCCUGAGUGUGAAUAUGGCAUUCGGUUUUGCAGUCACUGCUGGUGCCUACGUUUGUGCUGGGGUAUCGGGUGCACAUCUGAAUCCAGCUGUAUCACUUGCAAUGUACUUCCUGAGGAAGAUGAGUUGGAAGAUGAUGGUCGUCUACAGCUUAGCUCAGUUCCUUGGAGCAUUUGUUGGAGCAGCCCUAGUGUUUUCUCUAUAUUAUGAUGCUUUGCAUGUGUUCAGUGGUGGUAACUGGACUGUCACUGGACCACAGUCAACGGCUGGGAUUUUUGCUUCCUACCCAUCAGAGCAUCUUAGUGCUAUUAAUGGGUUUACAGAUCAGGUGAUUGCCACAUCUGCUCUAUUAAUCUGUAUCUUGGCUGUACUAGACGAGAAAAACAAUGCCGCUCCACGUGGACUCCAACCUUUUGUAAUUGGAUUGGUGGUACUGCUUGUAGGGUUGUCCAUGGGCUUUAACUGCGGAUAUCCAAUUAACCCAGCCAGAGAUCUUGGUCCACGUGUCUUCACAGCUAUUGCUGGCUGGGGCCUUGAUGUAUUCAGGGCUGGAGAUAACUGGUGGUGGGUCCCUGUGUUGGGACCAUUAUUGGGAGGACUCGUUGGUGCUCUAAUAUACGAGCUAUUCAUUAGCUUCCAUCAUCCAUCUACCCAAAAGAAGGAAGGCCAGGAUGAUGACUGUGAUGAAAACAAUCCCCCUCAGUAUGAGUUGGUUCAGGCUACAGUCUAA